AUCGAUGCAAUUUUGAAAAUUACUUACAAAAAACUUAAAUAAUAAUAACAUUUAAGUUGUAUGUAGUCAUCAACAACAGCUAUAAUUUGUUAAAAUAGGUAAAAUUGUACAUUUGAGGACUAGUGCGUCAUAGAGAAAAAACAAACAAAAUGUUAAGAAACAAACAAAAAAAAAUAUAUUAAUGGAUAAAAUUUCAAUUUAUAACUAUAACUACCGGGUAUGAAAUCAUAUGACACAUAAAACAGUUGUGUUAACAAUAAUUAUAUUAAGCAUUGACAUUACUAAAAGUUGUAUAUUUAAUUAAAAGUUUAUACUAAAUAUUGUUUAAUGUAAGAUUAUUAUGAAAAGAUUUUAUUAGCGAUAGAAACGUUUGUUUUGCAACCAUUAUUAGAUUUAAAUUUUUGUAAAACAUGAUACGACUAAUAGUUUUUUUGGUGUUUUUAACAUCGGCGACUGCGACUGGAAAUCAUAUAAAAUUACAUUGCACAUUUUCAAAAUAUAUUUUGAAUUUUUUUCAAUUGAAUGAAAAAUACUACAAUUUAUCAUCAAAACUGAGUGGUGAUCUAAACUACUCUAUGGAACAAUUGAAGUAUUACGGAAAAAAUCUUAAAUCGCAACAAGUCAUAGUUUUGUCUAUGAUUGAUGAGUUGCGAAAAAAAUCUACUCCAGAAUUUCCUGCUGAUUUAAUGACUGUAAAUUUAUAUUUGAAUAACGUGAUGGGUCAUAUUUAUAUGUUUUUAGAUGUUAAAAAUAGUGAUGGUAUAACACUUGCAACAGAUGAAGAACGCCUAAGGAAAGGAUACGAAAUGAACUAUAACAUAAUUAUUAAUCAAUUAAUUAAGUAUCAAGAUGAAACUUGUAAGCAUUCAAGUUUAUAUUUCAUACAAUUAGAAUCUCAUUUUUAUAAUUUGUUAAAUGUUUCAACAGAAUGUAAUAAUAUACCAAAAAUUUAUGACGUUGAAAUAGCUUAUAAAUGUUUGGUAGAUAUGAAAAAUAAUGCUAAUAAUAUAUUUAAGAAAACUAUUGAAAGAAACACUUAUACAGAUUUUCAUCCAAAAAAUAUGCUGUUUUUUUAUUUGUUUAAUUCUUUUAGUAAAUAUAAUAAAGAUAUUACAGUUUUUGAUGAUGGACUUAGUUUUAUGCGACAAACUAAAAUUAUUUCUGACUCAGAUAAUGAAUUAAACACUAUAGAAUUAUACGAAAAUAUUUUGCUAAAUUUUGAUGGAAACAAUUUAAAAUCAUUUCAGCAAAAAAUUUUAGCUGCUUCGUUACAACCGCUUUUUUCGGUAAUGACAUUAUAUUUUAACAUAUAUUUAAUUAUAUAUUCUAGCAGUUAUAUGAACGUUUUCUUAGAUAGUUUGAUAAAAAUGGCAUCGUCAUUAGUACAAAUUAUAUGGAAAUUAAGACAUCAAAAUUUAUAUAGCUUUAAAGUAAACAAAUUUCUAUCUGACAUGGGACAUGACUUGAACGGCUUAAAUUGGCAUAGUUUUAAUAGACUUAAGUAUAUAAGUAAUAUCAAAUCGUUGAUAGCUAAUGCGAUGGCUACAAAUAAAAUACGAUUAAAUGAAAUGAAUAAGACCAACCGUAGGAAUAUAAACACUGACGAUAUUCAUGCUUUAAUUAUAAGCACUGCAGAUGAAAUACAAUCAGUUGACAAAUACGUAGAUGCCUUAAUUAAUAAAUCAAAGGUAUUUUUAAUUAUUAAGAGAAGUGUUGAUCACAACGAUAUGUUCGAAAAACCACCAAUAGACACAUUAAACACCAACUUAAUGGGUAGAUUAGUACAUUAUGACGAAAUGUCGUUAUUUUCAUCAAAAAAAACUAAACUUGUUAAUAUUAAUGCAACUGAUGAAAAUAAAGAUAUAAAAACAUAUAUAAAAGGAUUUGAUAACAACCAAAAUGAACAAAACGUUUCUUUGAAUAAUGCAAAUAAAACAUUUAUAAAUGGUAAGGUACAUCAAAAUUAUUCUAAACACGAAUCACCUAUCAGAGUGAAUAAAGUAUACCACGAAGUAGAUAUUAAAAAAAAUACUACCUCAUAUAAUAAUAAUAAUUAUAAGAAACAUGAAAAUGUUUUAAUUAGUUCUGAUGAAAACCAACCCAAUAUAAAUUCUCAACAAAUUUUACAAAAUGAAAAUGAAAAUUAUCGUAAAAAAAUAUUAAGUAAUGAAAAACAUAUUAAAAAACAAAAAAAGAAAGAGAAAGUAUUUAAGCCCUCAUCAAGUAGUUUUUCCGAUGAAAAUCAUUCUCAUUUUAACUAUAAAGAUGUAGAAAAAGAUAAUAAAAAAAAUAAACCUACAUACAAAAAGAAGGAUAAUAUAUCAUCAAGCUUAUCAAGUGCCUAUUCUGAAGAAUACCGGAAACAUAAAACGUAUGAUCUAGAUGAACCUCACAUUAGAUCUAAGUUAAAACACAAUCGUUUAAAUGGAGUUUAUCGAAUUGAAAAAUUAAUGAAGAAUUAUCACAAAAGAGACAAUAGUAAUAAUAAGUACAAACAUUCACCCUAUAGUUUAUCUAGCUCAUUUGAGAAUCACCAUUCACGUAAAUUAUCGGAAUUAGAUCAUACUAGUUCCAAUUAUAAAACUCAAGGUAAUUUUCUUAAUGGAGUUUAUCGAAUUGAAAAACUAAAAGAAGGUAAGCAUAAAUCUAAUGGAUAUAAUAAAAAAGUUAAUGACUCAUCAUACACUUAUUUUGGUGAUAAGAAAUCUAAGAGGAUUUGUAAUUUAGAUAAAAAUUACACCAAACAUAAAUUAAAAUAUUAUAACUUAAAUGAAAGUGAUAAUGGAAAAUAUAACACAAAAUAUAAACAAAUAAAAAAAAUGGAAAAGAAUAAAUCUAAAGAAUCAUUAGGUUCUUCUGACGAAGAUCCCUCACAUGAACAUUCUGGUUUAAACGAAAAAUAUUUAAAAAAUAAAUCAAAAACUCGUAAUUCUAAUGAAAUUGUUCAUGGAAAAUAUUUGGAUAAAGAUAAACAAAAAAACAAAGUAAAAGUAUAUAAGUCUAAGGAAUUAUCAGGUUGUUCUGACGAAAAUCCCCCACAUAAACAUUCCAGUCUAGAAGAAAAAUACUCAAAAAAUAAAUCAAAAACUCAUAAUUCUAAUGAAAAUGAUCAUGAAAAAUAUUUCGAUAAAGAUAAACAAAAAAUCAAAGUAAAAGUAUAUAAGUCUAAGGAAUUAUCAGGUUGUUCUGACGGAAAUCCCCCACAUAAACAUUCCAGUCUAGAAGAAAAAUACUCAAAAAAUAAAUCAAAAACUCAUAAUUCUAAUGAAAAUGAUCAUGAAAAAUAUUUCGAUAAAGAUAAACAAAAAAACAAAGUAAAAGUAUAUAAGUCUAAGGAAUUAUCAGGUUGUUCUGACGAAGAUCCCUCAUAUAAACAUACACAUAAAUACAUACAAUAUAAAGAUUUUGAAAAAGACAAACUAAAAAACAAAGUGAAAGUAAAUAAGUCUAAGCAAUCAUCAGGUUCUUCUGAUGAACAUCCACCACAUAAAUACUUAAAUAAAAAUUUUAAUCAUGAAUCAAAAAAAGAUUUCCGCAGUUACCAAAAUAAAAGAAAUUCGUUUGAAAUUAACAGUAUUUUGAAUCAAAAUGAUUAUCAGCCUGUAAAGUAUAAUGCCGAACCUUUAAAUAAUUCAAAAUUGGUUAAUAAGAAAAUGAAUAGCUCAAAAUUCAACGAACUAAAAACUGAUAUUGAAAAUCAAAUUUCCAUGAAUAAUAAACCGUCUCCUAUUGAUAACAAACAAGAAAAUCUGUUCAGAAAAAAAAAUCAGUAUGGAUCUGAAGAGAAAAAAUACCACCAUUCGGAUGAAAAUACUGAUGCUCCUCCACAAUAUUCGACUUUCAAAAAAGAUGAUAGUAGAUUUAUUAAAUAUGAUAAACAUCGUCAAACUGCUUCAGAUGAAGAACUUAUACUCUGGAAUGGAACAAUAAAAUAUAUUGACGAAGAUGCAACAUCUUUACAUUGUCUUUUUUCAAAUUACAUCUUACGCUUCAUACAAUUAAAUGAGGAAAGAUUUAUAGCAAACCACUACCAAGAUAAUACACAUGGACAGUUUUCCUUAGAUAGCCUAAUUUAUUAUAACUCUAACUUGCAAUCUCAAUCUGAGUAUAUUUUAAUCAUGCUUGAUGAACUACGUAGAAGAAAAUAUAAUAUCUAUCCAACUGAUUUGAUGACAGUUAAUUUGUAUCUUAACAAUCUUAAAGGAAAUUUAAACAUAAAGUCAUUAGAAAAUGAUAAUAAUAAAUCAAUAAAUAAGAAUACUUUAAAAUAUAUAAGAAAAAAUUUUGUUAAAAAUUAUAAUAUUAUGAUUGAACACCUUUCUAAUUUUGUAGAAUCUAAAUGUCAGUCAUGUUCACAAACAUUUAUCAACGAACAAUUUAAAGAAUUAAAAAGAGUGGUGGAUGAUAUAAAUCGAAAAAAUACUAAAAAUAAUAAAAGAAGAUUACUAGAAGAUUUGCAAAUGUUGAAAUUUAGUGGGUUUACAGCAUUUAAAAAAUCACUGGACAACGAUAGCAAUUUUGACUUCCAUCCUUCUAAUAUGCUGUUUUAUGAAUUAAUGACUGAUAGCUCAAUUGUAGACCCUUCUUUUAACAUAUCUGAUCGAUCAAAUAGAAUCUCAGAAAAUAAAAAUAUGUUAAAUCUUAUGAGGGAAACAAUUGUAAACACAAAUCGUAAUAGUAGUAUUAAAAAUAGUAUAUUUGAAGCUUUUGAUUGUGUUGUGCUCAAUUUUAAUGCAAACUUUGUCAAAUCAUUUCAACAACAGGUGUUAGCUGCAACUAUUCUUCCAUUUUUCAAAACAAUUAGUAAUUAUUUGGUUGCAUUCAAACAAAUCAUUAUUAUUGAUAAUAGAUCUACGAAAUAUGCUGAUGUUUUAAGCAAAAUCGGUAUUUUAUUAAAAAGUCACUUUAAAAACUUUUUAAAUUUAAAUUUGUUCUCAAAAAAACCAACACAAUACCUCUUUGUUGUACAAAAUAGAUUUGAUGAAAUUUUAAAUUUUGAAAUUAACAGUUCUACAUCAUCAAGGUAUUUUGACUUGAUUUCAAACUUAUUGUCUAUGUGUUCAAAACCUAUGCAAAUCAACCAAUUAGAGUUCAGUAUUAAUAUUCAAAUUCCUAAUAGAAUUACUGAAGAUUGGUAUUAUAGUACAAUCAUUGAUAUAAAUAAUGAAGUAAAUAAUCUAAAAUAUUUCACUGCAUCCCUAUUACCUUACAAAAAUGUAUAUAAAACUAUUAGAAGAUCUGUUUCCCAUGAAAAUUUAUUUGAAACUAAACCUUUAGAUAUCAUUGAAAAUUGCGUGUUAGAUUUUAAUUACGAUGAUGAAGACAUAAAUGAAGAAUAAUUAGAUUAUGUUAAAUAGUAUAUGAAAAAAUAAUACAGCUGAGGACAAAAUUUAAUUUGUAUCUUAAUAUUACUUAUAAUGCGCCAUUUUUUAAAUUUAUGUUUACUUAAAUCAAACUAAGCUGAAUGUGAAUUUCAAUAAUAUUAAAUUUAAUUUUAUAUUUGAGAAUGUAAUUUUUGAAAUUUUAAUAUUUUUAAUAUUUAAGUUAAUACAAUACAUAACUUAUAAAUAAGUGUAUAAAUCACCAUUCUAUU